AUGGGGAGGAUUGAUGAUUUGUUUGACCAAUUCCGAGGAGCUACUAUCUUCUCGAGGAUAUACUUGAGAUCUGGUUAUUACCAACUCAAGGUGAAAGAUUUUGACAUCCGUAAGACCGCUUUUCAUACUCGAUAUGGGAAAUAUGAGUUCUUGACUGAAAUAGAGCACGAUGAGCAUUUGAAGAUGUUUAAAGACCUUGAAGGAGUAUAUGUUAUUAGCCAAGUUGAGAAAGUGUUGAGCUUGUAUGAUGAUGGUAGUCUAUUAGUAGAGUUACAUGUUAAGUCGACCCUAGCCAACAAGAUUAGGACUAAGCAACUCCUAGAUAGUUCCUUACUUUCCAUUAUCAAGCAAGUUGAGCAGGGAUCGGGUUUAAAGUAUACUCUUAGUCAGGAUGGUAUUAUGUGCUUCCAUGGCCAUUAUUGUGUUCCUGAGGAUGAUGAGUUAAGAAAGACCAUUAUUCAGGAGGCUUACAACAACCCUUACUCUAUGUAUCCUGGUAGAGACAAGAUGUAUAAGAAUCUCAAAGAGCGUUACUACUGGGUGGCAUGA